CGUUUUUGCCCGUGGAGUUGAUAGAUCGAAACAACAGAGACAUCUCUCUGUUCGCCUGAUCGUCUCCAGCCUAUCCGGUACUAGCAGUCCAGCAGCGCAGAACCAGCAUCAACGCCGGCGGCCGGCGCGACAUACGGCCAAGGCGCAGCCGACACGCCCCUUUCCUCACCCCUAUCCCGCCUAGCCCGUGUUCCUCUCCGUCCCCGGCUGCACCCCUCUCUCCUUCCGCGAUCUAGGCCCGUAGGCACCCCUCUGUCCGCCGCAUCUCAGGCGACGUCAGCGACGACCAAGGACAGCAGCAGCGCCACAAGAACACUUCUUCAGUAAUACAUUGUUCAGUAGUUCCUGAGGUGCAACAUGGAAAUUAUCAUCCUCAUCUCACUUGUUGUGCUUCUUGUACUGGGAGCACUCUUUGUUAUCCCAAGAUCAAAAAACAAAGGUGAAGGAAAGGAUGCACGUUCAGCCGGAAAUGGAACGACAUCUACGAGCUAUUCAAAGAAAGAGGUAUCAACACACAACACAAGGAAGGAUUGUUGGAUCAUAAUCAAGGACAAGGUUUACGAUGUAACUCCAUACGUGGAGGAACAUCCAGGUGGUGAUGCCAUUCUAAACAAUGCUGGUGGCGAUUCGACAGAGGGAUUUUUCGGGUUUGUAACAUCUCAUAAAUAUUGUUUACAUCAUAUCCUGUCAACAUUGUUCUUAAAUGAUGAUUCGCGUUGAUGUUACUGAUGUAUCACCUGACUGCUCGGGCGUUCAUUUACUGCACCUUUUGAGGUUAAACUUAUUGAAGAUCAUUAGUAAUUUUGUGAUCUUUUUGUCUGGAUGGUAAUUCAGUAAGUGACAGGGUUACACUUAUGGGUCUUUUUACCCCAUUUAAAUUUUUGAAUGUAUAUCACAUUCACUUAUGGAUCUUUUUACCCCCAUUUAAAUUUUUGAAUGUAUAUCACAUUUUAAAUUGCUUAAUUGGCCCAACUUAAUAAAUGCAUAUAAAGGGUAUUUCUGGUUUCCCCGUUGCAAGUUGCAACAGCAUGCAAAGGCAAUUUUGCUCUCAUUCUUCCCUUCCAUGAUUUGCUGUUGCUCGCAUAUUCCAAGUUAUGGUGCAAUAAUUUUGUUAUCUUGAAUAGUGCCCAUGUAUUUCUUUUGUUAUCACUGAAACUGUGUGUGUUAUAGUCUAAAAAAACUUUCUUGGUCCAUACCCAUGAUAUCUGGGAACAUGUGGAUGUUGUUAUCCAAAGCAAGACAAAAGGUAUUUGCACAAGUAAAUGAAUAGAUCUAGAUGAUGGAUGGUCCAAAGGAGAAAAUUAAGUUUAAACAACAACACUGAUGUGGAUGUUUCUUAUCCUGAUGGGGAUGUUUCUUAUUCGCUAGCUUUGUCAAGGAGAGCUACAUCUGAUUUUCCUACUUGUAUUUCUAUUCCGUUAUACUUUUCGUUCAGGAGCGCGUGAAGCUCGCACGUCAUUGUAUUAAGAACUGUAUUUCACAUAACUAUACUAACCCGACGCGC